AUGUAUGCAUCGACUUUUAUUUUAUACGUAUUAUCUAAUACAAUAUUCUGGCACGUUGUUGUUGAUGCUCGAGCAGUUUUACCUAGUCAUAUCCAUCCAUCUAAAGUUAAACAUUUUGCACCUGAACUAGAUACGAAUAUCGGUUAUUGGUCACCUAGCACUAGUUCAAUUGAUUGGUGUGAACGUAAUUAUGUUGUAACACAGUAUAUUGCUGAAUUUUGGAAUUGUCUUUCAAGUUUCUCGAUGUGUAUAUUAGGUGGAAUCUUAUUCAUUCGAGGCUUAUACCAUAAGAUUGAAACUCGAUUUUUAUUAUCUAGUUUGGGAUUUGCAGUUGUUGGACUCGGAUCUGCCUAUUUCCAUGGUACACUCACACAUUUAGGUCAAAUGGCAGAUGAACUUCCAAUGGUCUAUUCAAUGAUUAUUUGGUGGUUUCUAUUGAUUAGAUUGAAUGAAUUCAAACAGAUAAAAAACAAAAUAUUUUCAAUUGAUAUGUUAAUUUUAUUUGGGAUUUUUUAUGCAUUAUUAUGGACUUACGUACAUAGUUUACAAGCAUUUGUAUUGAUAUUUCAAAUACACAUUAGUUUGAUAGUAGUCGGAGGCAUAAUUAAAUUGAUCUCAUUAUAUCAACAACCACAUCAUCAUGUACAUCGGAUAAAAUAUAUGCUUAUCGUGUAUGUUGGUUUAAUAAUUUUAGCUUUUAUAUGUUGGACUAUGGAUCAACAGAUGGGUGUCCAAUUUAAUACUAUCAGUCGAUUUAAUCCACAAUUACAUGCUUGGUGGCAUAUUAUUGGUGCUGUUCAUUGUCAUCUGGGAAUUGUGUGUGCCGAAGCUAUGCGUCUUCUAUCAUUGAAAUAUCAGCAGCAUCAAGAAAACAGUCUUCAAUCUGCUCGACAACCGUUCAAACCAGAAGAUAAUUUACAUAUCAUCUUCUAUUUAGGAGUACCUUACGUAGAUUAUUCAAAAGAAAAACGAACAAAUGAAGCAAAAGUCCAGUAA